AGUGGGAACCCCAGCCUUCGUCCGGGUCUCUAAAUUCUCCCUUGCAAUUUUUCCGGUAUCUUUCUUCCUCUCCCCCUUGUUUUCUUUCUGUAAUUGCAAAAUUACAUUAAAAUUUCCAAAGGAACAAGGGAGAAGGUAACGACAUGGCCUCUCCUUACCCAAUUUAUUGCGCUUCCUUCAACCAAGACACCAGUUGCUUUGCAAUCGGCACAAGGGGCGGCUUCAAAAUAUUCGAUUCCAGUACUGGCAGACUCUGCUAUGAGCGAGCUAUUGGAGCUUUCGUUAUAGUAGAAAUGCUUUUUAGCUCUAGUCUUCUUGCCAUUGUUGGAGCUGGUGAAGAGCCAUCCCUAUCGCCCCGCCGCCUCUGUUUGUUCAAUACCACAACUGCAACUGCUCUUCGAGAAUUAAAUUUCUUAACUUCCAUACUUGCUGUUCGCAUGAAUAAGAAGAGACUUGUUGUCAUUUUACAGGACAAAACAUACGUAUAUGACAUAAAUAGUCUCGCAAUCUUGGACACUAUUGAUACUAUACCAAAUAUAAAAGGGCUUUGUGCAUUCUCACCAAGUUUGGAAGGGUGCUUUUUGGCUCUUCCUGCUAGCAUCUCGAAGGGAUCUGUGUUGUUGUACAAUGUCAUGGACCGGCAUUUACAUUGUGAGAUAGAUGCGCAUCGAUCCCCACUUGCUGCAAUUGCCCUUUCUUCCAAUGGAAUCUACAUAGCAACAGCAUCUGAACAGGGAACCAUUAUCAGAGUCCAUCUAGUCUCAGAAGCAACUAAGUCGUAUAGCUUUCGAAGAGGGACAUAUCCAUCAACUAUAUUUUCUUUGUCAUUUGGGCCAUCUAUGCAACUGCCAGAUAUUCUUGUGGGAACAAGUUCUUCAGGUUCUGUUCAUGCCUUUUCUCUGGGGUUCUCCAUUUAUCAAAGAAGCAAAAGAUCAGGGAGUUUUCUUGGAUCAAUUAUACCCGACUCUGUGACUGAUGCAUUAGAUCCGGCACAUCAUGAUGUACUUCAUAAUGCUGCACCGGCAGGAGUCAAAAGCUAUGCAGUGAUACGAAAGGUAGAUAAGGUUGCUGAUACAUCAACUUCAGAAAUUGUGGCUUGUAGGGCAACUAUUUCCAUCAUAAGCUACAAUGGGUACUUCCAGGAGUACAACUUAAGUGUCAACAGUCAGAAUGAGUUCGUGUGGAGCUUGGAGCGCGAGUUCAAGCUACUUGCUGUCAUCACAGAUGAUUCCACCAGCUCAUGAUGAAAAAGUUAGUAUGCUUCAAGGCCUAGCUGACUGGCCUUGAAGGAUCAUGUAAUACAACUCGGUAACACAAAUUAAUUCCGACACGGAAUUAGUAGGUUAGUAUAUGGCAAAUCAUAGUCGUGUUUGAUUCUUGUUGACCCUAAUAACAUGAGUACAUGGCAACUUGUGUACAUGUGAAUAGCUCGAGUGAGUGGAACAGCUUUCCAAUACAAGAAAAUUAUUUGGUUCACAAA